AUGCAUCUUCGCAAACUUCUUCCAUUGCUUCAUGGAUAUAAAACUAUAUCUACUCCAUGGAAGAUCAAGAUCGCACUUAGGCUUCCUAACGUAGUCACCCACAUUUUUCCAUCAAUUUUUUUCAUCUUUUCCUUUCUCGUUAUUGUCUUUGUUACUAUUAUUAAUGGAGAUGGAGAUGCAGAUUACAUGUCUGAUCUUAUGAAAGCAUUGACCCCAACUCCUACAGGCUGGUCUAACAAUAUACACUAUUGCAAAUGGAACGGCAUCCUUUGCCAAUCUAAUCGCGUUGUUUCCAUCAAACUCCCGUCAAGAUCACUCUCUGGAACAUUCCCUCCCAACUUCAACACUCUUACUAAUAUCACUCAUAUUGAUCUCCAUAACAACUCUCUCACGGGUCCUUUACCUAAUUUAUAUGGUCUCGCCGCGCUUCAAACAGUGUCCCUUGGUCACAAUAUCUUCACCUCAAUCCCACACGGUUGCUUUCUACUCUUGCAUGAUCUCAGAACCCUCAACCUUAGCAACAACCUGAAUCUAGAUCUAUGGGCAUUUCCUAUCACUGAUUUAACUUUUUCAACCUCUAUGGAAACCAUUGAUCUCGAAGCUACUAACAUGAUCGGUUCAUUACCACCGGACAUGUUUAAUACGUUUCCAAAUUUGAAUACUUUUAUUCUUUCGCACAACAACAUUACUGGAAGUUUACCCAUAUCUCUAGGUGAAUCUAGAGUAAGAUGUUUACGGCUCAAUGACCAGGGAAUUAGUCGGCUUACGGGUACAAUUGAUGUGAUAUCAUCCAUGACAUUCUUGUCUCAGGCGUGGCUUGACAGUAACUUGUUCACAGGUUCAAUACCUACCAUGUUUAACACCACUUAUUUGUCUGAUCUCCAGCUCAAGAAUAAUCUCUUAACUGGUUUGGUUCCAUCUUCCUUGCUCGCUCUCACUAGUUUGAACAACAUCUCUUUGGACAACAAUGCUCUUCAAGGACCAAUACCUGUGUUUCCCAAGGGUGUUAAGGCAACUUGGGAAGGAAACAGAUUUUGUCGAAAUGAUGUUGGACCUUGUGAUCCCCAACUCACCAUUAUGCUUGAAAUUAUGGAAGCUUUUGGGUAUCCUAUUCCUUAUUCAAGUAAAGGAAACGAUGCUUGUACUCUAGGAUUGGGGAUUAUCUGUCAAAAAGGGAAGAUUGUGAGUAUUGAUUUCGGGAAUGGGGGGUUCAAUGGAACUAUCUCUCCCGCAUUUUCUAAUUUAACAAGUUUAGUGAACUUAACCCUUGCUGGCAAUUAUUUGAUGGGUUCAAUACCAGACAGUCUUACAACUUUGCCUCAACUUCAGCUUCUAGAUGUUUCUGAUAAUAAUUUGUCCGGAAAAAUUCCCAAAUUUCCAUUCAAGGUCAAAUUAAUCACAGAAGACAAUGCAUUGCUUAGCCAAAAUAUUUCUCAACAGCUAGGUGUUGGACAAAAUGCUACUGCUUCUCGUGAUAGAGGUGGACAAAAUGCAACUGCUUCUCGUGAUAGAGGUGGAGAAAAUACUACCGCUGGGUCUAAAAUUUAUCACAGAGCUGUUUGGAUUACAGGAGCAUCUUUGUUAAGUGUUGGAUUUGUAACAUUUAUUGUGAUUGUUAUCCGUAACCAUGAGAGGUGUCUUAUUUUAGUACAAAAAUGGAUCUUUAGAAAAACAAUAAAAUCUACUGACCAUGAUGUGGAGGAUUUUAUACAAAAUUAUAAUCUGUCCGUGCCAAUUAAGCAAUACAGAUAUGCAGAAGUGAAAAGAAUGACAAAUUCAUUCCGAGAUAAAUUAGGUCAAGGAGGCUAUGGUAUUGUGUAUAAAGCAAACUUACCUGAUGGUCGUCAAGUGGCAGUGAAAGUAAUAAACGAGUCUAAGGGAAAUGGAGAAGAAUUUAUAAAUGAAGUUGCUAGCAUUAGUAGAACGUCACAUGUGAACAUUGUCUCACUUUUAGGAUUUUGUAUUGAGAAAAAAAGAGCACUAAUAUAUGAAUUCAUGUCCAAAGGAUCAUUAGACACAUUCAUCUUUAAAAGGGGAUCUCCUGAUGUUAUUUGCAAUUUGGAUUGGAAAACAUUGUACCAAAUUGCAAUCGGCAUUGCUAGGGGACUAGAAUAUUUGCAUCAAGGGUGUAUUUCAAGGAUUUUGCAUCUUGAUAUCAAACCUCAGAACAUUCUUUUGGAUGAUGAUUUUUGUCCAAAAAUCUCUGAUUUUGGACUAGCAAAAAUAUGCCAAAGGAAUGAUAGUAUUGUGUCUUUACUUGGCACAAGAGGAACUAUGGGAUUCAUAGCACCAGAAGUAUUUAGCCGAUCAUAUGGUGGAGUUUCUCACAAAUCAGAUGUAUACAGUUAUGGCAUGUUAAUUCUAGAAAUGAUUGGAAAAAGAAACAAUUAUGAUACUGCAGGAUCAUGUACUUCUGAAAUGUGUUUUCCGGAUUGGAUUUAUAAGAAUCUUGAGCAAGAUAAUAACAGUGUGACGUGUUUAGCAAACUCAGACGAAGAAAAUGACAUGGUAAGAAUGAUUACUUUGGUGAGUCUAUGGUGCAUUCAAACAAAUCCGUCAGAUAGACCAUCGAUGAGUAAAGUAAUAGAAAUGCUACAAGGUUCACAUCAGUCAAUACCAUUUCCUCCAAAACCUUACUUAUAUUCUCCUGAAGUGCCACCAUUACAACAAUCGUAUGUGUCCUCCAACGAUUUGUUAGAGACAAAUUCAUCAACCUUACUGAAGAGUGGUUCUAUAAAGUCAAAUAAGUUCAGCAAAGAUUAAAGUGAAAAAUAAAAAUGUGAUUGUAAUGUAAUUAUUUAUCUUGGAUACUUGAAUACAACUUUGCAUAUGCUUUGGUUAAAAGGAGAGAAUAAUUA